AUGGGCACAAGAGGGACUUGCCAUGGACCUCCCCUAUUUGUGCUCCUCUGUUAUGGACAGCUCUUGCCAUGGCUCAGGACCGAGGGUGAUCAGAACUUAGACAAGUUCUACAAUGAGACCAUAGCAAAGGCGUUCCUACAGUUUUAUGAGCAUACCGCCCAGGCUGUGUGGAACCAGUUCAUGGAGGCCACCUGGAACUAUGUCACCAACAUCACCAAGAAAAAUCAGGAGGAGAUGCUGCACAAAGACUCAGAGAGGUCCAAGCACAUGCUGUACUUUGGCACCCGGGCUCGCCUGUUUAAGAUCUCCAGGUUCCAGGAUCCAGCCGUGAAGCGUAUGCUGAGUAAGCUGCAGAACAUAGACAAGGCGGCCCUGCCCCAGGACAAGCUCCGGGAGUACAACAAGCUUCUGGCCUACAUGGAGACUACAUACAGCAUGGCCCAGGUGUGCCUGAAUGAGGGACCCUGCCUAGCCCUGGAGCCUGACCUCCAAGAAGUCAUGGCCACCUCCCGGGACCAGAAGGAGCUGCUGUGGGCCUGGCAGGGCUGGCGGGAUGCUGUGGGUCGUCAGCUCCGCAACAUCUUCGAGCGCUAUGUGCAGCUCAGCAACAAGGCUGCAAACCUCAAUGGUUACAAAGACAUGCGGGCCUUGUGGCGGUCCAAGUAUGAGAGUGCCACCCUGGAACAUGACCUGGAGCAGCUUUACUGGGAGAUGCAGCCACUCUACCUGAACCUGCAUGCCUACGUGCGCCGGGCCCUGCACCACUACUACGGGCCAGAGCUUAUUGACCCACGGGGGCCCAUCCCUGCCCACCUCUUGGGGAACAUGUGGGCUCAGUCCUGGGUCAACAUCUUAGACCUGGUCCUGCCUUUCCCAAAGAAGCCCCCUGAGGACAUCACAAAGAUCAUGAAAAGCCAGCACUGGAAGCCCUUGAAAAUGUUCGAAGAGGCGGAAAAAUUCUUCACCUCCCUGGGGAUGCUCUCCACCCCUCCCAACUUCUGGAGAACCUCAAUGAUGGAAAGGCCAACCGAUGGGCAUGAGGUGGAGUGCCAUGCCUCUGCCUGGGACUUCUACAACGGCAAGGACUUCAGGAUAAAGAAGUGCACCGAGGUGACCAUAGAAGACCUGCUCUCCAUCUUCCACCAGAUGGGCCAUAUCCAGUACUUCUUACAGUACAAGAACCUCUCUGUGAUCUUCCGCGCAGGCGCCAACCCAGCCUUUGAAGAGGCCGUGGGGUCGAUGGUCACCCUCUCGGCCUCCUCCCACAAGCACCUGCUCAGCAGAGGCCUGCUCAGCCACCAGCACCAGGACUCAGAGGAGGAGGUCAGUUUCCUGAUGGGCAUCGCCCUGGAAAAGGUCGCCCUCAUCCCCUUCGCCUACCUGAUGGACCAGUUUCUCUGGAAAGUCUUUGAUGGCACCGUCCAGAAGAAUGUCUACAACCAGGAGUGGUGGAACCUCAGGUUGAAGUACCAGGGCCUGUGCCCCCCCAUUCCUCGGACAGAGGAUGACUUUGAUCCUGGCGCCAAGUUCCACAUCUCUGCCAGUGUGCCCUACAUAUGGGAUGCCCUAAGGCUGGGCUCAAGCAAGCCCUGGCCAGAAGUCCUGCAGAAGAUAACCGGGCAGACCGAAGUGUCUGCAAAGGCCCUCAUGACCUACUUCAAGCCCCUCUUGAACUGGCUGGUCACCGAGAAUGUGCAGCAGGGGGAGAUCCUGGGCUGGCCAGACUUCAGCUGUACCUUUGAAGAAAAAGACACAGACAAGGUGACAUUUCUGAGUCUGGAGCUGGAUGCUGACCAGGCCAAAUUUGGGCAGUGGGUGCUGCUGGCCCUCAGCUUUGUCAUGUUCCUGGUGGCCCUACUUCUGGCCUGCAGGCUGUACUCCCUGGAAAAAAGGUCACUGUCCCAGAACACCAAGGCACAGAACACCAGUUUGCCAGACUCCAGUGCACAGCCCAAGUCCUACUUCCUGGGCAUAGCCAUGGAGCCCCGCCUAGUUGCCAAAAGACAGUGGAUCCUGCUGGGCCUCUGCCUCUUCCUGAUGCUGUGCUCAGUCAGCCUGAUAAUUCAAAUUUUCACACAGCACAACAAGAAGCCUCCGUGGAUGAGAGCUGAAUGGUGGAGCUGGGACUAGACACCAGUAUGACUGGUGAGGCUGGAGGGCAAGACGAGGGUGGCCAAGGCAGAGAGCACUGGGGGACUAGGGAGGGGACAGCUUGCAUGCAUAGUGUCCAACUGCAAUUGGGUGCAACUGUGGCAGACCUGGGUAUGUGGAGGUUUGUAAUUGUGUGUAUGGAACCCAUGUAUGUGAAGCCAUGUGUACAGGCUAGUGACUCUGUGUGAUUCCAUGUAUGCCCUGGGUUCCAAACCAACCUCCUUCCCCUAGAGGCUCAGGAACCAUGGUUUUCGUGACCCAGUGACUGUGUCCCUCCAAUUCAGCUGCCACCCCGAACUGUGUUCUUUGCACAGCCUUAUUUUCUUCAGGAGCCCAACUGUGGGGCUGGGCCAGGACUGCAGUGCCCAAGGAAUGUCCUCUCUGGCUAGAAACAGGACACUGCUUCAGUCCCCUUAUAAAAUGUAUUCAAGUAAAACUGGACAUUCUGUACAAAUCACUGGUGCCUGGUUCAUGAGCACUGUGCUCUGUACACUAUAUCCAGCAUAUCUUUCUGCUGAUCCUCUGGCCUACCCUGUGUUGGGCUGCAUAAUCCAGCCCCAAAAGCUGCUUGUCAGCUGCCUGAGAUGCAAACUGCCCCACGGCCCUCCCUGCCCCAGUCCAGGCCCUCCCAAAUGGAGACAGUGGGUAGCUGGGCACCAAGCCAGGGUUGAUUAAUGAUUGAUUUCUUUAAUAUUUAAACAAAGCUCAUCUCCAGCCACUCCGCUCCGGAGAUGGCCUUGUUCAACACACACACCUGCUGCCUGGCCUGUUGCCCUGGGGACGGAGCACAGGGCAAAUAGCACCUUUCCAGGCUCAGUGGGGGAGGGGAAAAUGGGAUGGAGAAGGCUAUAGGAAGACAUUUGGGAAAUGUAUACUCUAGGGACAAGUUUGGGACAAGCUUGAGAAGAGAGACAGAGGCCACUGCUCCUUUCUCUUCUAGUCCUUCUUUCCACCCUCGGUCUACCCACCACAGGGAUGCCACAUCCAAUAUAUGCUACAUCCAAUAUAACACAGUACAACUGCAUUUGAACUGAGCCCCAAGGGGUUCAUGGAGAGGCUAAACAUCAGUGCCUGUCAGCGAUUAGGGGAGCCUUGAGGAAGGUAGCAUCAUAGCCAGUAACCACAGAGAGGAGACCCUAGGGCUACAGUUGAGUUGGUGAGAGGGUGGCCAAGAGACAAGACUGGCUCUCCCUAGAUUAAGGAUCUGAGCCCAGAAGUCCAGGUUCAGGGGGAAAGAGAGGCUGGGCUGAGAUUUCCACGGACCCAAUCUUUGCCCAGGUUUCAAGAAAUCUUCUUGAGUUCUGGCUGAGCCCAGAACUGCUAUAGAUCCAGGCUCCACAGCACUCUUGUUUGAUGCCUCUGUCACUGCUAUUACUUUGCUGUGCUGUGAUGUCCUUAUUUGUUCCCAUUAUUAGCUGUUAGCUCUGUAAGGACAAGACACCCAUCAGGAGUGGGCCCCUGCAUAACAUGUUUAGAUGGCACAGGCUAUGGAACAUAGUGGAGACUUGGAAACUGUUUAAAUGAGAAAGUGAAUGAAUGAGUAUCCUACUGCCUCAGUCCUUCCUCAGAGCUCAGCAUCCUGCUCUGAGCUCAUGAGAAACAGCCUCACCUUUCCUCCACAGCCAGCCUGCGCCCCCCCACACAAGGGGCAGCCAGGACAACUCUGCCCCACUAGGAGGCUACACUUGCAGCCCUCCCAUUCCCCAGCCACAGUGGCCAACCAGGCCCCCAUCAGGCAUUGUGGCUCUGCGUGGCAAAGGCACACCCAGCCCAGGACUCCAAGCCUCUCAUCUGGACUCCAGCAAAAACCUCACUGAGCUUCCUUGCCCAUCCUCUCUUCCCCACCCGCCAUUGUAAAGUUUCUUUCACUGGAAUAUUUCCUUCAUGUCUAACUGCUCAAGAACUUGGUUGUUCAUCAAUUAAAUCUAGAUGUUCAAAAUGGCAUCAGAGGGUCUUUAUCAAUUCCCUUUUUGUCCAAACUUCAUCUCUCCUAUGCCCCAGCUCAGUCCCUUUACACUGAUUCCACCAUUGGCCUUUGCCUAAGGUGUAUGCCCCAUUUGAAUGCUUGCCUUCCAAUGCUGACUCAAAACUGGUAAUUGGACCCUCUGCAAAGUUCCAAGACCACCGAGAUGCUCAGUGGACAGUGAUCCCUUUCUCUCUCUCCUCUCCAAGAAACCUCUUUCAAUAAACCUCACCCCAUCCCUA